GAGAGCUCCAAGCUUUGUUCAUUGUUCUUUUUUAGCACAUUUUAAUGUUAUAAACUUGCAACACCUUCGUUUUGAUCUUGCUCAGGUCAAGACCUUUCUAGUCGCUGCAAUUGAUCAUUCAAUUCAAUUUCUCAAUUUCUUUCCUUCUUUUUUUUCUUUCAUACUAAUUAAUGAAACGACGAAGUAACUACACCUCAAGUUAAUUCAGGUCUGCUUUACAUCAACCACCACAUCACAGCAGCCCGAUAAUUAAUUAGAUUUAUUAACUUCCAAGACUCCAGACCUGAAGAACAAGCAAAGGGGACCCUUCAAUCACUCACUGGCGCGGGUUUUGGUGUAGAAGAUGAUGCUAGCUAACCCCCGGUGAUCAUCCAGCAAAUUGACAUCACCAUACACGAACACCUAUAAUUCUUAGGUAGACGACGCGACACACCACACCACGACACGGCACGGCACGUCGCAACAACUUUUACCUCAACUCUUUUCACCUCUUCCCUAACUGCACUCAAUCCCUUUCUUUCGUACUGCUAUCUGAUACGCAUGAUCUCUUGCGACGCCUUCUUUUCCCUACAAUUAAAGAACUGCCGUCACUUUUAUAUAUCUAAACUUGGCAGUCUGCACCGGACACUGCGCCAGCCUGUGUCUAGAUUCUAGAUUCUCGACUCUACCUAUAGACAACAUUGAACUUACAUACUUUAGUACUUACCUACUAGUAGGUAGGUAGUUGAUUCACCAUGACAACAGCACAGCUCUCCGUGCAGGACCAGAUCAAGCAGCUAGAAGGUGCGCGCAAGCUUGUUCUGGGUAAUGCUAGCUAUUAUACCCAGGUUAUUCAAGCUACACUCCCUAUUAUAGGCCCCUCAGCACAAGUUGAGUUCCGACGAUGGGGCGCAGAAUUUCUUGCUGAAGCAUUCGCGACACCUGCUAUCGCACCUGGCCAGAAGGAGACUUUGUCUCUAGUAGUCCUCGAAACUCUCCGCCUGCUAGUCGAGGACCCCGACCAAGACAUCUUGGUCCUGAGAAGUGUUAUUCAAACUGCUGCUAGCAUCUACCCACUGGCUCUAAGAUGGAUUAUAAAUAACUCGUACGACACACAUACAUGGGAACGAAUGACAGCUAUCAAAUCGAGAAUCCUGCGCAUCUGGGAUACUGCACCAUCGACUGUACGAAUAUGCUGUAUCAAGUUCGUUCAACGGGUAGUGCUUGCACAGACGCAAAGUGUAAACCCAGAACCAAGGCGUGGCGAUGUGCUCGAUAUAUCACUUGCUAUGAUCCCGCCGAACCACCCCGUUCUCGACCCCCCAAAACUCGAGGCUGAGGCAACAGCCCUCCUAGAUAGAAUGCUCGGGAUUCUACAAGAUAACAGCAGUGAUGCUCUAGUUGUCGAUGCUACCUUGAAUACACUCUCUAUCCUUAUCCGCAACAGACCGGCUACUUCCAAUAGGAUUCUCAACAUCGUCCUCAACUUCAAUCCUCUAAAACUUGCCAACUCACCCAUGACACCAAAGAUAAAAGUUCUAGUCAAGUCGAUGGAGAAGACAACACGAAUGUUACUCAUGCAUCUGUCUAGGCGUAACCCACAACACCCACUAACCGGCCGCAUACAACAAUACAUUGAACGGCUUAUGCGCUCUCGAGCUGAAAUUUUCGACGAAGGGACUCGAAAGCGGGCUAUGGUAGAGCAGCAAGUCAAUGGCGUAGAUGCUAAGCGCCAACGAACAGGACCUGUACCGUCCCAUCCUCAGAUUGAGAUAACCCCGUUGAAGCCCGGACCUCAUACGUUGGCGGAUCUCUUCACGUUUACUAGCAAUGAUGGAUUGAAGAGCUUUAAUGUCAGCGAGAAUGUCCCGGCACCCCUUGCCGCCAGAAUCAGCGUUACCACUAUAUCGCGUAUAGAUCCCCAGUUACUAGAACGGGCUAUUCAGGGCGUUCGAGACCGCUUAGCAGUUCUACAAGAGGCUCACAAAGAACCGAUCAAUCCCGAGACGGCACCCCUCGAUGUUGAGGAGGAUGAGGACGACUACGAGCCAGACUAUUAUGCCGGGGAAGAUACGGAACAGAUCCUGAAUAAGCUCGACUCUUCACUGCCAGAAGAACCACGUGAGCUGGCGAAGCCUGCCUUAGGUGGACUUGCAUUGCCUACAUUCCGAUUACCACCGCCCCCUACACUAAACGCGGACCAGGCUGCAAAGGUCGGCCAAGGCUCGAUUGCAAGAGUGUUCGGCACAAUGCGAACUCUUGAAGACCCUGCCGUCAAGAAAUCUAAGGCUGGCAUGAACAGGCUUGCAGCUAGCUCGUACGACCGAGAUUCGUGGAUCACGGUGAUAAGUCGACUCGCUACCCGCGCGAAUGCCGGACUUGAUGAUAUCACGGAUGAAGACGAUGACAGCCAGGUGACUUUUACUGGCGUUCGACUUAGUGAUGUCAUUCGAGAGCAAUUGUUCAACUACGUCCUCGAGGACUUCCGCAAGCGUAUCGAGGUAGCUGUGUCGUGGCUGAGCGAGGAGUGGUAUAACGACAAGGUACAGCGGCAAUCAGCGGCAGCGGCGCCGGUCCCGCGUAGCGUUCCAGCGCACUACGAGAAAUGGACGCUGCGUCUUCUGGAUGGAUUCAUCCCUUACUUGCAUUCACAAGAUAAAGUCUUGACACGGUUCCUUAGUGAGCUACCGGAACUCAAUACUAGUAUCUUUUCACGAGUAAAGACAUUAUGUCGAGACCCGAGCUUGGUAAAUCUUGCUCUUACGACGCUGUACUACUUGGUGAUAAUGCGACCCCCAGUAAGGGAUCUUUCACUGGAUACCAUCCAGGAUAUCUGGACGGACUACGAAGAUGCGAGACCAAUGGCGACAAAAUACCUGCAGCGAUGGCGACUUGGCUUUUUAGAAGGAGCCCAGCAAGCUCUCGCCGGGAACGUAACACCUAAUGGGGCUGGUGUGGGCUCGGUAGCUACGUGAUCCUACCUCCCCCUUUGUUGAGAAUGAUUUUGCUAGGAAUGGAAGGGGAAAAAGAUUAUGUUAUUAAUACCCGGGGGGAGAAAACAACGAUAGGUGAAAAUAUGAUGCUCAUGGGAUCUUGCAACUGCAUCUGCCGGUGGGUGAAUAGGAGGGCGUUUCGGAAAAUGUCAAUAGGUCCAAAGGGUCAAUUUAGGAGUGUAAUAUCGCUUGGGUGCGCACGGCAUUGAGGGAUGACGACUCUGGCACAGCUUGCCUGGGUGAAUAAUGAAUUAUCGGAUACCCUGUGAUAAUGGUUAUCUAGCAUAGCUAGAAAUAUCAAUACUUCGAUUGUAA